AUGGUUUCAUUGACAAAGAGAGUAUUAUUUGAAGUUAUUCCGAAUCCACCUGAUGAGACGACUUUGACUUUAUCCUCUACCACCAACAAAGGUCACUACAUAUCCGUUAGACCUUUCGUCAAUGCUGAAGGUAAGGAAUUCCCAUUUGAAUGGGCUUUUGGUGGUACAUCUGAUCACAUUGAAUUGAAAAAAAUCAAUGAGAGAGCCAACUCCUUAAACUUCAAUUUUAAGUUCGAUACAAAUGUGAAGUUGAAUGUUCCAGAAACUCAUCGUGGUGUUAUCAAAACCGUCUUCAAGACUUGGGAUUCCGGUUUGGUUGAAGAAACUGGUUCUGUUUUCCCAUGGGGAACCGAAGGUACGGAAGUCAAGUUCAGAGAACUUUGGCAACCGGUGGAUCCAACAAGACUUGAAUUUGUCGAGUUAAACAAUGAAAAGGACGUAGAUCAAGCUGCUAAUUCUAUUGCAUUAAGUGUAGAUAAUGAGGAAUAUGAAGGUUUAGUCAUCGUUGUUGGAAGAUGGAUCCAAGGUAUCCUAUUUAAGAAAGGUGUUAACACUCUAGAUGGGAUCAAUUUGUUUAGAUCUCAAAUUGAUGAGAAAAACUCCAUUGUAUCUCUCGUUAAGUUCGGUGCGGAUGCUGACAAGUUCCCACAAGAGGUCUUAUUGAAUGAAGGCUCUAUCACUACCUCAAAGGGCUUGGAAUGGUCUGUAAUUGAAUCAAACUUAUGA